UUUUCCUUCUAGUUCUGAUUUUUGGUUCACUAGGAAGUCCAUAGAAUCAUUAUUACUUCCUUAUUUGCUAAUUAUUACCACAAGGAGCAAUAUGAAGAACGGAACAUCAAGGUCGUUGCUGAAGCAAAUCAUAGCCAAUCUAAGUUCAAUGGCCAAGUCAAAAACCAUGGCCCUGAAGGCAAAAGCAAACACCAUCAGGGGACGUUUGAUUAUAUUCUCACUCAUGAAGAACAAGAAAUUAUUGAUGAGUUCUCUUUCUGAGAAGUUCCAUUCUAUGUGGGGGCAUCACUCUCAGCCCAACAAGGAGGAUUCAUUGUUGGAAGAUGGAAGUGAAAAUAGCAGGGCCAUAGUGGUGUACAACAACAAUGCAAACUCUUAUUACGAGGCUUUGCCAAAUCCUUGUGAAACCCAAGUGGUGGAGGAACAAGACCAGGAUGGCUAUGAAAGUUACUACAACUAUGGAGAUGCUGAUGCUGUUGAUGAUGAUGACAAGUACCCGGAUCUAACACACACCCUUUUUGAUUCAGAGGGUUUGGAUUUUGGAGGCUCAGUGAUUGAUUUGGUGAAGAAUUCUAAGGAAGAAGCUGGGCAAGAGUUUAAGCUGGAGGAUGAGAUUAACCUUGCUGCUGAUCUUUUUAUCUUGAAGUUCCGCAGGCAAAUGGUCUUGCAGAAGCAAGAGUCAUUGAAGAGGAAGAGGGACAUGCGGCAAAAUGGUGCAUGAAUUUCUAGGCUGUUUUAGUUAUCAUGGUUGGCUCAAGUACAUAAAGGCUCAACCUCAUCUUCUCCCUUUGUUACUGAUUUUUUUAGAAUAAGGGAGAUUAGCCGGGUUCAUUACUAAGAUAAUUAUGGUACUUAACUGGUUUAAGACAAAGUACAACGCAGAACUGA